AUGUACGGCCUCGAGUCUCCGUACAAGAUGGGACCUGGAGGAAUGACUAUGAUUAAGCAACGAUUCUACCACUGGCCUGACCUACCAGCUGAGCUGCGGCUCAACGCCUACGAUAUCGCCCUAGUCGACCACUACGGCGUGGGCAGCGUCAAUCUCAGAUUCUUCACCAUGCCGACACUCGCCUAUCUUAACCAAGAAGCUCGCAAUUAUCUGCUACCAGUCAUCUUCGACAAGACGCAGUACCAUCUCAACAUCGACUCGAACCUCGUCGACAGAUUCCUCCAGCGCAAACAACUCCGCCUCACCAACACCUGGAACUCAUCCAUCCGUCAAUGCGGUCUGACCUGGUUCAAGCUGAAGAAGAGGAAGUUGAUCCUUGCUAUAGGCAAGCAGGCAAUCUUUAAGCAAGUGACUAUCAACAUCAUGUCGACCGAGUGGGGCUUUGUGCAUCGCAACAUCACCAAGGCCGACGAGAUCGUUGCGAGCCUUGAGCUUCGCGUCGUCGGUAAGGUGCUCGGCAUCGAGGUGAAGACGGGCGAGUACCACCCUGAUAACACUGCUCGCUUCCCACUUGGGUUCAAUGGACGCUUUGCGAAGGAGGAUGUCGAUGCUACUGUUGCGGGCAUGCGGGAGGUUGCUGUUAAGCUUGGAGGGCGUGAGGGUUUCGCUGGACUGAGCUUGGAGGAUCUCGAUAAGAUCGUCAAGCCAGCUCGGCAUGUUGUCAGUCAGUCAGCCUUUUGGAGGCCACGGUGCGAUUGGGAAAUAGGCGAGAGGUCGAAGAUGAAACGAAAGGUGAAAACGAUACAAGAUUUUCGCCAAGGCCUUUCACAUGAAUGCGCGCCGAAUAUGCCGCCAUCCGGCGACGGAGGGCUUGCGAUAGACAGACCAGGGAUCGAUGAGCGACCUAUGCCUCCUGACAUGUCAUCUAUGUGUGGCGAUUGA